AUGGAGGCACCAGGAUAUCCUGGACGCCCUGCAGCUGCGCCUGCUGCGCCGUAUCGGCCCGACCGUCCUGUGGCGUCACAGUAUGGGCCACCGCAUGGAUCGCAUGGAUCGCAUGGCUAUGGCCCAGUUGCGAUUUCAGCCUAUCCAGGCUACCCUCCACGAUAUGGCCCGCCUCCUGAGGUUCCUUACAGAGAGCCAUCAAGAGCUUCGGACACUUCAAUGGAGAAGCCUGAAAGGAGUGUGCAACGGUCCAAACUUUGCAAAGAGGCAUUUGAAUUCGUGGAUGCAUUGAGGACAGGCCACAUAGAUUGCAGUCAAAACAAAGCAGGUCUUAUGAUGGUUUUCCAGCAGCUUGGAGACCUUCCAAUGCCGAAGGAUGAUUGGUACGUCCGAGUUCUGCCAAAGAAAGAGCUCCAGGUGAUGCCAAAGGAAGAGACGCAAGUGCUGCAAGUGGAGAGAGAAGAAGUCCACUCUCGACCGCCUCGACAGGCCACGGGGUCUGAAAGCAAGGAAGCAGGCAGAAGUUUGACCCAUUCAUCUUCAGCUACAGCGGAGGAACCAGAUGACACCUUGAUUCUGCGAGGUGCCAGUGGUUUGUCCCGGGCAACAGCAGCCAACAUUUCGUCCGAGGUGAUGUUUCCAACCCAUGUUGGACGCUUGGCCAUCUUUGAUGACUACCUCUUUUGCGGCGAUGUUGGAUCUGGUUCUUUCGGCAAAGUGAUGCUUGUGAGGCACAAGAGUACCAAGCAGCUUCGUGCCUGCAAGGUGGUUGCUGUACAAACUGCUCUUCAGAGAGAGUUGAUGGACAACGAGAUCCGGUUGCUGAAGUCAUUGAACCAUCCCCAUAUCAUGAAGAUGCAUGAGGUAUACUUUGAGCAAGCUUCUGACAACGGCCAACUAGCUGGUGGAAACAUCUACCUAGUGACUGAGCUUUGUGAGGGUGGCGAUUUGUUCUCCCGGAUUUUGCAUCAUUAUGAAAGGCUGAAGCAGCCGAUGACGGAGAGUCAUGUGGCCUUCAUGAUGCAGCAGAUCUUGUCUGCCACGAAGUACUGCCAUGACCAGGGUAUCAUCCAUCGGGAUAUUAAGCCUGAGAACAUUCUGUUUGUGGAUCGAACUGCAAGCUCUUCACUCAAGAUCAUUGACUUUGGCCUGGCAAACUUCCAUGAGAAGAUUAGAGAGCAGGCCAAGGAAGUGAAGGUAGCGCGCAGCGGCACCAUGGGCAGACUGGCCCGGAUGCUUCCGUCCGUGAAUGGUCGGCAUCUUAUUCCCUGGCAUGAGCGAAAGCGAGUGAUGCAAAAAGCUGGAACUCCACACUACAUGGCGCCAGAGAUGAUUGAAGGGUCCUAUGACCAAAAAGCCGAUUUGUUUAGCAUUGGAAUCAUUCUUUGUCAGCUCUUCACCGGUUGGCACCCCUUUUAUACGCCAGGCGAUGAUGAGACAGCCGUGCGAGCCAAAAUUUCUAGCCCAGACCCAGUACAGUUUCCAGUGGACAUUUGGGCGCAGGUCUCUCCAGAAGCUUGUGACCUUUGUCGAAAGCUCUUGGAAAAGUCUCCCAAGAAUCGUUUAAGUGCUACACAAGCUUUGAUGCACGAGUGGUUCCGAGAUCCAACGAAGCCAUCCCCCUUCGGAAAUGUGGAAGGCCUAAGUGUCUCCAUUUUCGACGGCCUCAAGCAAUACCAGGCCUACAACAAACUGAAGAGGGCCGUCCUCCAGCUGCUCACCCGCGAGUUGAGCGAGUUUCAGAUUCAGGAACUCCGGGCGAAGUUCAUGGCCCUCGACAAGCAAGGUGAUGGCCUACUGUCUUGCGAGGAGUUGAUUGAGGGGAUGCGCCAUGUUGGCUAUGAAAUGAGUCAGGUGGAGUUGGAACAAAUCAUGGCAGCUUUGGAUGGGAGUGGGAACAAAUGUAUUGGCUACAAAGAGUUUAUUUCUGCAUUGAUAGAGCGACGAGUGAAGUUUGAUCGGCAGCAACUUUUUGAAUGCUUUAAGAAGUUUGACAAGCAGGGCAUUGGUCGCAUCACCUAUCAGGAUGUGAAGAGUGUGAUGUGCAACGCCAUCACUGAAUCUGAAUGGCAGGAAAUCGCAAUUGUCGGAGGCCAACAAGAUUCCAGCAAAAUGCCUGAGCUUACUUUCGAUGAAUUUGUUGCACUCAUGGAGCAGGCCGAUGCGUAA